ACGCGGGGUCAACGGCCAGACUACGGCGUCCGCAAAAAGCAAAUGUAAUUAGACCGUAGAUGUAGUAUGUACUACGUCUUGAACAAUACGCUGUGCAAAGCGUAGGGGAACCGACGUUGACGUUGACGUUUCGAAUGGCUCUCCGCCUACUCCGGAAUCCGACAGAUUACCUAGAUAUACCAACUUGACAACCUCAUAUAUAGUAUACACAGACUCGUAUAACAAGCUAAAUCACACAAUCCUCUACUACGACUACCAUCAAACCACCCAAUCCAAAAACCGUCAAGAUGCCCAAGAUCGUCCGCCUCACCAUGUUCAAGAUCCCCGACCAGGACACGGUCAAAGAGGCCAUCCAAAUGUACAACACCCUCGCUCAAGACGCGAAAAAGGACGGCAAGACGUACAUCCAGCUUGCACAAGCCAAUGCCACCUAUGACGACCCGCGUAGCAAGGGCUAUACGAUGCUGGCGCGUUGCAUAUUCGAGUCUAAGGACGACAUGGACUACUACGACAACCAGGAUGAGGCACAUGCUAAGAUCAAGGCGCACUUUAAGCCGAAGGUCAACGAGCCGCCGCUCGUCAUCUACUCGGAUAUGUCAUAGAGGGGCUGGGUUGUGGUUUGUUGAGCG